GAAUUGACAUAAUAGUAGUGUCAAAAUUAAGAAUUUGAGUCGUCAAAUGAAGUGUAUAUGUUGUGACGACGGUAAAUGAUUAAAAUUAAGAUUAGUAACAUAAGUGACAUUUACAGUUUGUUAUAAUUAUAAUUAUUGUUAAUAGAAUUUAAACACAAUGGUUGACACCGAGAGACUAAGACAAUGGCUUUCUAAUGUAAAUUAUCAUAAUCCUGAUGUUGCAUACAGAGAAAUUCUCAGUGUUACUAAUCAAUAUAGAGGUUUACACCCUGAGCAAGAUAUUUAUACUUUUAAUGACGGCUCUCGCAUAGAACUAGUAAAUUUAAGCGGGACAAUUCCAGUGCGUUAUAGAGGAUCUGUCUAUAACAUACCAAUUUGUAUUUGGUUGAUCGAUACCCAUCCAAAAAAUGCACCUAUUUGUUACGUCAAACCUACUCCUGAUAUGUCUAUAAAAGUUUCUAUGUUUGUUGAUCAAAAUGGAAAAAUAUAUCUGCCUUAUUUACAUGACUGGUUACCUAACUCGUCGGACUUACUAGGACUUAUACAAGUUCUUAUAGUUACUUUUGGAGAACAACCACCCGUGUUUGCAAAGGCUAAGGACAAUGAUAUGCCUUAUCCCCCUAACUCUUUCAUGCCACAACCUUCAGGAAGUUACAUCCCACCGUAUCCCCCAACUUCUUACCCACCAUCAUCGACCGGAUUCGGGGGGUACCCUCCGUAUCCCCCAUCAAGCAACGCUUCAUUUCCGGGCUAUCCACCUUACACAACUCCCUAUCCACCAUACCCGGGUAAUAAUUUCGGCGGUCCGAGUCCCGCGGUUGGUACCGGCACAAUAAAAGACGAACAUAUUCGUGAAUCUCUGCUUACCGCCAUAGAGGAAAAAUUGAUGAGACGGAUGAAGGAACAAUUCCAACAGAAUCAGGCUGAAUUGGAGACUCUUAAAAGAACGCAAGAGGAAUUGAAGCAGGGAAAAGCAAAGCUGGACAAUAUUCUCACUAGACUGGAGAAGGAACAGAAUGACUUGGAUAAAAAUAUUACACUGUUAAAAGAUAAGGAGCAAGAAUUGAAUAGUGCAAUUGAAAGAAUUAGUAAUCAGGAAUCAAUAGACGUAGACGAUGCUGUGACUACUACUGCCCCACUGUAUAAACAACUGCUGAAUGCCUUUGCUGAAGAAGCAGCUUUAGAAGAUGCUAUUUAUUAUAUGGGCGAAGCCUUAAGAUGUGAAGUAAUCGACCUCGAUGUGUUUCUUAGACAGGUCAGGACAUUGUCCAGGAAGCAAUUUAUACUCCGCGCUUUGAUGCAAAAGUGCCGUCAAAAGGCCGGUUUAUCCAUAUAAAUGUUAUAGUUCCGUUCAGGUUAACAUUGCUAAUAAUCUACGCUCUAUAUAUUUCUUUAAUUCAAAUGUAAAAUUUAAGUUAAGUAUAUUUUUAUUAUUUUAUGAAGUGUAUUAGAAAUAUAUUC